CUGCGAUCAGUACAAGUUUCUCUUUGACACGGUUAAAAUGGUGCGGUUUGAAGCGGGAAUGGAAGAAGACGAAGGAGACAAAAGGAGCAAGUUUUGUAUUAACGACAAUGUGGAUGUGCUUAUAGAGAUCUUGAAGAUGCUGGACGGCCCGUCGCUCGGCGUGGCGGCGUGCGUCUGCAGCCUGUGGCGCGCCUGCACCCGGAACGACUCGCUGUGGGAGACCCUCUGCUUCCGCCACGUGCCGCGCCCGCCGGACGCCGUCAGGGCCGUCGUGCUCGCGCUCGGCGGCUACCGGAGCCUCUACAUGGCGUGCGUCCGCCCCGUGCUCAUGAACCGCCUGCUGCUCGGCAAGCCGUCGGACGACGACGUGGCCCGGCGAGUCUGGAGCCGCCACGAGGUGGAGCUCUCGCUCUCGCUGUUUUGUGUGGAUUACUAUGAGAGGGUGUUGCUCGCCGACGGGGAAGGCGGCGGAAGACACGGCGGCGACUCGCCGGCGUCGUCGUCGUCGUCCCUAUUGUUCCUUUGCAAAGCCGUGAACGUGUAAACUAACAGUCAGAGCCACGUCCUGGCGACAAGACGGCGUCGUAUUCUGUUUUACCGUGCAUAAUUUACGGAGUAUUAUUCUUCACCUUGUUUUAAAUUUUUUCCCUUUUAUGGGGAUUCACAAUUUCAUAUUUAUGAACCUUCAUUUAAUUUUUAAUAUCCACUUAAAAGGAGGGG